AUUAUUUGUAAAACGUGAUAUUCUCUGCAGAUUCCCAAUGUUGCAUCACAGAGACGAAGAACAAGUGAUAGAGAGAGACUGAGAGAACAAAACGAUGAGUGUCGUUGGAAGCAAGAGCUGUAUUUUCUCCCUUUCGAGCCACUUCCGAGAAAAUGACAAAUCUUCCCGGCUCAAUUCGAUUAAUAAACCAUCGAUUGAUCCAAGAAGAUUCCCAAGAAAUCUGGGAGUUACCUGCAAAAUCUCAGGGAGAAAUGGAGCCGAGGAGAUUCCAGGGAAGAAUGGGGUUUCUCUCAGCUCCAAGAACAAGAUGGAAGAUUACAAUACAGCUAUGAAGAGACUGAUGAGGAGCCCAUAUGAAUAUCAUCAUGAUCUCGGCAUGAACUAUACAUUGAUAAGAGACGAACUGAUCGUUGGGUCACAGCCACAGAAGCCUGAGGAUAUAGACCACUUGAAGAAAGAAGAGAACGUUGCUUACAUACUUAACUUGCAACAAGACAAAGACAUCGAGUAUUGGGGAAUCGAUCUUGACUCCAUUGUCAAAAGAUGUAAAGACCUCGGAAUCCGUCACAUGAGAAGGCCCGCUAAAGACUUUGAUCCACUUUCGUUGAGAAGCCAGCUUCCGAAAGCUGUGUCUUCUUUGGAAUGGGCAGUGUCAGAAGGUAAAGGAAGAGUUUACGUGCAUUGCACAGCCGGAUUGGGAAGAGCUCCUGCGGUUUCUAUUGCUUAUAUGUAUUGGUUCUGUGACAUGAACCUGAACACCGCUUAUGACGCAUUGGUGUCAAAGCGUCCGUGUGGGCCUAACAAAGGAGCUAUACGUGGGGCUACAUAUGAUCUGGCUAAGAAUGAUCCGUGGAAAGAGCCCUUUGAGAGUCUCCCUGAGAACGCAUUCGAGGAUAUUGCAGAUUGGGAGAGGAAGCUGAUUCAAGAACGUGUUAGGGCCAACCGUGGAACCUGAAGAUCUUUAGAGCUUAUGUAUGGUUUCGGAAUAAAAAAAAUCUACAUUCUAUAUAUUGUAAAGCUGCUUAUGACUACAACACCGUGUCAACACAUAUACUGCUAGUUAAAAUACCUUGUUCCCA